CGAAACCAUUGGAAAAGGGAAAUGACUGCUAUAGAUAGCUAGCUAGUCAUCAAGCCGCCUUCCUAUUUUAAACUCUCUCUUAGGACCCUUUUUUUCACUCUUCUUCUUUAAAUAUACUUGUAGUUAGUAAUUAGUGAAUCAUAUCAUCCUCUCUUUUUGUUUUGUCUAGGUGGAUCUUUGAUGGAAAAUUUUCAGGGAUUUUUGACAACUUCAUCCUUGCUUGGUUAUGGUGAAUUUCAAAGUGGGAAGGGAUCGAUGGAAGAGAUGGAGGGUGGGGCUGAGAACAAAACCUUUGCUGGGUUGCUUGGGACUGCGAAGAAGAAAGGAGACCAUAAAAAGAUAAGAAAGCCAAGAUAUGCUUUCCAAACUAGAAGCAAAGUUGAUAUACUUGAUGAUGGCUAUAGAUGGAGAAAAUAUGGCCAGAAAGCAGUCAAGAACAACAAAUUCCCUAGAAGUUAUUAUCGAUGUACGCAUCAAGGAUGCAAUGUGAAAAAACAAAUUCAAAGGUUAACAAAAGAUGAAGGAAUGGUGGUGACAACUUAUGAAGGCAUGCAUUCCCAUCCCAUUCAAAAUUCUAAUGACAACUUUGAGCAUAUCUUAAGCCAGAUGCAGAUCUACACUACUUCCUUUUAAAUUAAGACGAUUUAUAAUUAAUUAUGUAGAAAAUUAUGUAUUUUAGUUCAAUUCUGAUAUGCAUAAUGAAAAAAAAAACCCCUUCGUUUUGUUUAUUAUCUCAAUUUGUAUUGAGAUUUUGGAGCUGAAUAUAGUAAGUAAUUAGAAUCAUUAUUAUGUAUAUUUAUUCAUGUA